ACCACAGAAGCUCCAACUACAACCACAGCAGCUCCAACAACAACCACUGCAGCUCCAACCACUCUAACCACUAUCAUAUCAUCUUCAACAACAUCUACUACAGCAGUUCCAACCACAACCGCCACUGGAGCUCCAACUAUAACCACAGCAGCUCCAACUACAACAACUGAAGGUCCAACAACAACCACAAAGGCUCCUACCACAACCACUGGAGCUACAACCACAACCACAGCAUCUACAACCACAAUCACAGCAGCUCCAACCGCAUCCACUACAGGAGCUCCAACCACAAUCACCACAAAAGCUUCAACCACAUCCACCACAGGAGCUGUAAUCACAACUACUACUACUUCUACUACUACUACUACAGGAUCACAAACCACAACCACAUCAGAAGCUACAACUGCACCCACCACACCUCCUACAACAACCACAGCAGGUCCAUCAAAAACUACUGCUGUUCCAAUAUCAACCACAGCAGUUGGCCAAGUGACAACUACACGACCUACAAGUGCGUGUGCUUCAAGCCCAUGUCUCAGAGGAAGCAUCUGUGAAGACCGUGCUGACCAGACUCACGUGUGCUUGUGUCUUCCGGGAGAAGUUUAUCGAGAAGGCUGUCAAAAGGUCAAGGUUUUCCCUGCUCUGAUGGUCUUAGCGGACAGAUAUCUUCCUGACAUGGCCAACAAAAAAUCACAAAUAUUUAAAGAGACUUCAGAUAAAAUUACUAAUGCGGUUAAGAAAGAGUUCAACAAAACACGUGGAUUCAUUUCAUCAAUAGUCCUGGAGCUCCGGGAAAUACAAUCAGUACUAAGGUCAAACACAGGCAACGUUGAAGCUUCAGUCCAAAUCAACUAUGAAGCAAAGUCUAACGUCACAGAAGAAAUUGUAAUAGAAACAAUGGAAAGUCUCACCUGCGAAAGCUGUCCACUGCCAGGAAGCUUUACAUUGAAACAGCUUUGUGGUUUGGAUCCAUGUGACGAAACAACAACAAAGUGCAAUUCUACAGUGGGCAGUUUCGUGUGCACAUGUUUAGAUGGUUAUAUUACAUCAAACUACAGUGAAAGAUUAUGCAUGGCAUGUCCCCCUGGUCAGAAAGCUGUGAACAAUACAUGUAAACCAUGUAGCUUUGGUCGUUCUGGAAUGAACUGCGAGGAUGAGUCGCUGUUGAUCCUUGUGAUUGUUUCACCUAUUCUCGGAUGCCUGCUUGUCGUCUCAUUGAUCACUCUGCCACUGAUAGCAAGAAAAUUCAAAGGAAAAAUGUCCAAGAGGAAAGAAAAAGUCACUUGGAAACCAUACAUUAUCCCGUCCUUUGGCAAUGGUCCACCAUCCUGCAGUAGCAGCGGUAGCUUUUUCACCUAUAUCAAAGAACCAGACAACAUCCUGGUAAAUUCUGCUGUCCCACGAAUUCCACGCGCCAAACUCAGCAGCAGCUGGUCUGGCAAGAUCGGCACGGAGAUUUCUCCAAGCAACAGCCGACAAAGCUCGACUCCUUCAAGGAGAAACUCUAUUGGACCGCACAACAACCCCUACAAGAACGUAAAAUCUAUAAGAAACCCUUACGCCCAGAAUCAAACCACAGACCAGACCAGACUCUAAUGGAGGAGAAGGAAGUUGGAUCUCUGUAGGAGUUCCUAUGGUGGUAUUUAUCCCAAGAUACUGCAUUACAUUGGAACUUCCUCAAUGUAAAAGAUGUAAACAGGAGCGUAUCAACAGAGACGUGCAAUUAAUGUGAUAAAUAUUGUAUCCUGUGUUCCUUUACUACUUUUGGUUUGUAUUGUGUGACUUCUAGUCAGGCCUGUUAAAAACUGCCAUAAACCAGACUGGCUUUCAUCAUCAAAAUCAUAAAGUUUGGUUUAUAAUUCCUGCAUUUGUGUUAAAUGCACUAUUUAUUCUCUAUGAAUUUUCUAGAGUUGUUUUCUGUAAGCAUUACAGGUUUAAUUUGUGCCUCAGUUUUAUAUUUAUCAAAGUUUUUGUAAAUAAGAUCAACUGGAAAUUUCUUUAAAUCUGUUCAUAUGUUUCAUGUAAAAGUAAUAUCAUCGCAACUUUGGGAUAUUUAUCAAUGUUUGCAUAACUUUUUUUUAUUUUUCUUGGUCUAGUUACAAACCAGUUAUGCAUAACAUUUGAACGCUAUGACUUUGGUGGAUUAUAGCUAACUGCUAACGAAAAACACUCACCGAAAAUGCUGAAUGACUACAUGUAUGUAUAGAUAAAUGAGAUGAGAACAAAGAUUCUGUUGUAAAGCACUUUAAGUAGUGUAGUUGGCUAAAAGGGUGCAAUAUAAGUACAAUAUGUUUAACUCUUUUUUUUGUCUAAAUGUGUUAAAACUUGUUAUAUUGUAAUAACUUAAUAUGACCACUAAAGGGCUCCAAACAUGAAGUUUUACAUAAAUUAUAUAUUUGUUAUCUCACAGAAUAAAACCAAUGCAAUUAAAAA